GUUUCUCAUUGUGCAGUUCUUGCAGUACUACCACUACAUCUUUGCUUCUGUGCAAGCCUUCAUUGUUCUGCUGACUGCUCGGGAGGAGCUUUGUACGUUGGGCUUGCGCCGCCUGAUCAAAGCGCUGAAGGAUUCACUGCAUUAUGGGCUCCGCACAGAUGACUUUCUGCGAUUAGGACAAAGUGAGCGGAUCAUCGAAGGGCCACUGUCGCUCAUGCUGCUGGUGUAUACUUCCUUCUACAUGAGCAGCGACACCUUCGCCUACAUCACUGCUCUGUUUUCGAUGUUCAUGAGCACCAGCAGUGUGGCCAAAGGAUGCUACUACCACCUGGACCUUGCCUUGGACAGCUUGAGCGCUGCGCAGACAGCCAGUGAUGCCGAAGAAGUCCUUGUUUACCCGGAGGUUGGGGCGGCGCGUGAAGAACACGCGUGCUCUGACAAGUCUCCGGAAGUGCUUCCGGAAUCCGGGGAAGCGCCUUGCCACGAGGCGGAGAGCGGCACAACAGCCUCGAGCAAACAGCUCGUGAGUCUGUGA